GGAGGCUAGAUGGAGGAUGCCUCCAGAAAUCUUCUCUCCUCCAUUUCUUUAUACUUCAAUUACAGUACUGUAUAUUCGCAUGUGGAAGUCUAGAGAGUUUAGUCCCAAAAUUCACCCCCAAAAACCAAGUUGACUUCUCCAAGGGUCAAUGUGAGCACUGCCCUUUAGCAGUGAAGGAACCAGCCGCCAGUGAAGGCAAGAAGAGCGCAAUCUGUCCGGAAAAACAGACCCCAUCCAACCGACGCUCCAUCCAUCGAGACAACAUUUGGAGUGAUCACAAACAGUGAUUCCUGCUGGGAUUCUGCAGCAGAUAUACUAAAAUCGGAACAAAACAGGGAAGAUUAGCAGGUUUUGCAAAAUGUUUGAAGACUCUGACCCUCGCCAUGAAUUUUGGGAUGAAGAGGAAGAGGAGGAUGAGGAAGAAGAAGAUAGAGAUGCAGAGGAGGAAGGCAAUGGGGCCGGAAGCCAGGGGUCACCUGGCCAAGAAACCCCAAAAGGGCUCCAAGGGCGGUGCCAGGAUCGGGGCCCGUGGGGUUUGGGGGGAGAUCCAGGACGGGGUCCCCCUCCGCCGCCAUUCCUCUCUGCCCUCCAGAAUGGCACAGGGCCCACAGAUUGCAACGGGGCAGAGGCCAGUCCCUCAUCCUCUUGGGGAGGUGAUAUAAGAACCAUCUGCUGGCCGACAGAACAGGCCCUCCACUGUCCGUUCCGGACCUUUUCCCACCCUUCCUUCCAAGCCUUCUACACGGCUGUCUCCGUCCGCAACCAGGCCAGCCUUCCUUUGGAUGGAGACCCUGCUUCAACUGCCAGAUUGAGACCCAAACCAGGACCCCUCCCCAGCCUGGACUGCAGUGGUUUCUUCUAUACUGACCCAACGAUGCCCCCAGGACACAGGAUUUACAACUGGCUCUCCAGCUCUUCCCAGGAGGUCUUCCACAACCUGCGCCUCAACACCCCUGCGCCGGUCAUGUCCACCUGUGAAGCGACACCCGCUCUGCCUCGCAAAGUGGGGCUUUCUGAACUGGGGCACAAGGCUGCAUCUUCUCCUCUGGAGCUCCUGGCCAGCGUGGCCUGCAGUUCGGACGCCAGACUGUCCUCCCUUCCUGGACCAGAGGAGGAAGUGGAAGAAUGCAAGAAACCUGCUCCAGACCUGUUCCUGUAGAUUGUGCAGAAAGGGGUUGUGCAUAAGUGUGUAUGUGAGAGUGUGUCCUCUUCUGCUGCCCCACAGCAAGACAAAUUCUCCAGUGGGGAAGGAUUUUUUUCCUCAUGUUUGGGGUGCAAUGCCGAAGUUCCCAAAAGGGUACCUUUCUUCUUUUUGCUCUUUUUUAGUUAUUGCAGGGGGAUUCUGGGAGGAUGCAGUUUGAGUGGCAGCUGAGGGCAGCAAUUUGGGGGGUACAGUGGGGGUGCAUCCCGGGCGGGGCUGGUUC